GACGCUGUAACUCCGCCUUCCGUGCCUGCAGGGGUGGAGCCUGAGCGAGGAACCCGAGAGCAGCCCUCUCUCCCCGGAUGACGUGCGGGAGGAUAACAUGGAGUCGGGCAAGAUGGCGCCACCCAAGAACGCUCCGAGAGAUGCCUUGGUUAUGGCACAGAUCCUGAAGGAUAUGGGAAUUACGGAGUAUGAACCAAGGGUUAUAAAUCAAAUGUUGGAAUUUGCUUUCCGAUAUGUGACUUCAAUUCUGGAUGAUGCAAAAAUUUAUUCAAGCCAUGCUAAGAAACCUAAUGUUGAUGCAGAUGAUGUGAGACUGGCAAUCCAGUGUCGGGCUGACCAAUCUUUUACCUCUCCUCCCCCGAGAGAUUUUUUACUGGAUAUUGCAAGGCAGAAAAAUCAAACCCCUUUACCACUGAUUAAGCCAUAUGCAGGACCCAGAUUGCCACCUGACAGAUACUGCUUAACAGCUCCAAAUUAUAGGCUGAAGUCCUUAAUUAAAAAGGGACCUAACCAAGGAAGACUAGUUCCACGGUUAAGUGUUGGUGCUGUUAGUAGCAGACCUACCACUCCUACUAUAGCAACCUCACAAACAGUGUCUGUCCCAAAUAAAGUUGCACCUCCAGUGUCAGUGACAAGCCAAAGAUUUACGGUGCAGAUUCCACCUUCUCAGUCCACACCUGUCAAACCAGUUCCCGCAACAACUGCAGUUCAAAAUGUUCUGAUUAAUCCUUCAAUGAUUGGGCCCAAAAAUAUUCUUAUUACCACCAACAUGGUUUCAUCACAGAACACAGCCAAUGAAUCAAACCCAUUGAAGAGAAAACAUGAAGAUGACGAUAACAAUGAUACUGUGUGAGGAAUAUAAUAUAAUCUAGAUGCAUUUGAAACGUAUUUGUUUUUGAGCCCAGUAUACCAAACUAGAACAUUCUAGAUCUUCUCAAGUUUUAUCUUAGAAAACUUAAAUGUAGCUACAAUAUUUUCACAUUAGUUUAAGCUGUUACAUUUCUUAAGGGUACCAAAGUUUUUUCAUUAGGCUUCAAGUAUAAGAAGUGCUUGUUUUUUUAAUAGUUUCAUUAAUGUUAAGUCCUAUUGUGGUAAUUCUAUUUUUGGAAGCAGUUUUCUGCAACGUAUCUCACAACAGCACUUAAGUUUCAGUUUCUACAAUCUGAUCAGUGGACUAAUAUUUAACGGCAUGAUUUCUAAUCUAUACUUAAAUACGUCUUUUGGAAUAAAAUAGUUACUUUUAUUGUCACCAACUUUUUUGACCAAAUCUCUCAAUUUACCAAACAUUUUUUGGAGAGGAUGGAUUUAAAGAGAUUCUGAAUCCAUUUUGAAUAUAUUUAAGUUGUUUCUUGGUGUUCCCUAACCUCCCACCUCAGCCCCAUUUCCAGAUCCCAUUCAUUUUCUGCACCACCUCCUCCCCACAAGCUUAAGUUUCUCCCUAUUGCUCUUUUUUUUUUUUUUUUUGUCUUUUUGCCAUUUUGGGGGCCACUCCCGCGGCAUAUGGAGGUUCACAGGCUAGGGGUCGAAUCGGAGCUGUAGCUGCCAGUCUACACCAGAGCCACAGCAACGCAGGAUCCGAGCCGCAUCUGUGACCUACACUACAGCUCAUGGCAACACCGGAUCAUUAACCCACUGAGCAAGGGCAGGGAUCGAACCCACAACCUCAUGGUUCCCGGUCGGAUUCAUUAACCACUGCACCACGACGGGAAUUCCUCCCUAUUGCUCUUAAAUUUAAAAGGCCAAAACUGGAAUUUUAGAAAUAUAAUUCUUGAUAAUGCAGCUCAGUGUCAUUUUCAUAUUUUUAAAACCUGCUUUACAUGUCUGAUGUUCUGUGGGUCACUGUAACCAGGAAUUUUGCAUUUCUUUGUUUUUCUCUCCAUAUCAGAGCAGUUGAGUUUUAUGCCUUGCCGUUUAUGCCCAUUGAGCAUCACUCUGCUUUUGAGGGUAUUCUGGGAUCAGUUGCAUUGUUUCAAUCUUAGAUUCCUAGAUGAUAAUGCCACCAUAUUUCACAUUUCAAAAUUUAACACAGAAGAUGCUAUAGCUUAAAAUCUGCCUUGAUAAGUAUAUGUACACUGGACCUAGGCAAAACCACUGAAGAGCAAGUGCUUUCUUCCUUUUUACCAUGAGCAUAUAUGCUUUGAUCACUACUGCUUGAACCCUCCUAUUGGUAUAAUUCAGAUCAUUUUUCUAGCUUGUCGCUGAGGAUGUCACACAUAAGAUGGGAUCAAACUUGAAAAUUUUCUAAUGGUUUUCCUUCCUCUCGAAGGCCAAUGCAAACAAAUCAGUGUGAUGUGACUUGCAUUGAGGUGCACUCUGCAUAGGCUUCCCAGUUGCUAAACACCUUCUACUGAUUUCCAUUUAUUGUUGCUAAACACCUUCUCCUGUUUUUCCAUUUAUACACAUCUAAACAUCUUAUUGGGAAAGACUGCAAAGCUUUCAAAAAUAUAAUCAGACUUGUAAUGUUUUUAAGUAAGUUUGACAUAUUCAACAUAGGAAUACUUUUGCAGAAUUUCUAAAAUAAAUUUUCAUAUAGUUUAUAACUUGUAGCCAAGAAUCCUCAAAACUUAAAACACAAUUAAGUUUCAGCUUAGGAUGGUGCUUAAUACAUCAGUAGUCCAUAACAGGGAAGAAAUGUCUCAUCACAGUUUUUGUAUAUUAGGAAAAGGUGUUAUCAAACUUACGAAAAUAGAUCUGAUCAUAGGAGAGAAAUGUUCAUUAUAUAGCAUAGGAUAUCAUUACUUGAAUGUUCUCAGGGAGGCAGCGUAUCAAAAGGCCUAGGUUCUAGUCCUGGCUCCUUCAUUAACCAACUGUGUGACCUUACUUCACCCAUGAGCCUUGUUCUCCUUACUCAUAAUAGGAAAAUAACACCAGUCCUGCCUACCUCACAGGGAUGUUGUGAGGGUUUAAUUGGUAUAUGUGAAAGUUCUUUUCAAAAUUGUAAAAUGCUUUAAGGAAUUGUUAACAUAUUUGUUCCAAGAUUAUUAAUAAAAAAAUUGAACUUAUCAUUUCUCACUUUUGACAUAAGGUAACAAGGAAAAGGCCCAAUAAUUUCUGAGGUCCAAAAAGCAAUUAAAAUUGUUUAAUGGAUAAA